GCAGAUGUGCGUAGGCUGAGUGGAUAAGAACGAGAUAUUUAAAAAAAAAUGAACGGUAUCCAUUGACGACUAAGGCUAUAGAAGCAUAAGUGGGAGUGGGGUAAACAAACAAGCUCUGUCUGAAACAUGGCAUCGGAAGAGCAGGUGAAGCUCUUGCUCAUAAGAUCCAGUCCCUUUGCAAUGAGCUGCGCUCUUGCUCUCAAUCACAAGGGAGUAAAAUUUGAGGUUGUGGAGGAGAAAUUCCCCAAUAAAAGCGAGCUGCUCCUCAAAGCAAAUCCUGUAUACAAGCAGGUCCCUGUUCUUCUCCACAAUGGAAGCUCAAUUUCUCAAUCUCUGGUCAUCGUCGAAUACAUUCAGGAAGCCUGGCCAGAUCCUUCUCUGCUCCCGCAAUCGCCCUACGAAAGAGCUCUUGCCCGAUUCUGGGCCGAUUACAUUAACAAUAAGUUCAUAGAAACUGGGCUGAAGUUGAUGAAGAAAUUCGGGGAAGAGCAUGAAACCGCACGGAAAGAUAUUGUGCAGCAGUUUGUGACUCUGGAAAAGGGCAUGAUCGGCGAAGGCCCCUUUUUCAUGGGCGGCAGGAUGAGCUUGGUGGAUGUUGCUCUGGUGCCCCUGGUUCCAUGGAUGGCCUCUUUUGAGACUCUCGGAGAGUUGAAAUUCCCUGAUGCGGAGCAGUGCGGUCGUAUGCACCGCUGGCUGGCCGCCAUGCGGGAAAAUUCAAAUGUUAUAGCUUCUGUUCCUGAUUCUGACUGGUUAUUGAGUUACACCAUCAAGCUACGAGGCUAUAUCUCAGAGCACUUUCCAGGAGGAGUGUAGAAGCGUGAGUUUAGCCCCCUUUUCACGUCGAGGUUAUCGGAGGAACUCCCCUAGUAGAGAUAAGUUCUAAGUCAUUUGAUUAAACUAUGGAUUAUUCUAAACAAAUUUGCAUUCAAUACGUUUUGUAUCAUGAAUAACACUAAACAUUACAAUUAUAUCUUGAUAAUCUUGGUAGAAUUACAAAUGAUCCGAAUUCAUUUUGAGAUAUCA